UUGAUCCAGGCGCUGGUAAUUAGCCCUUCCCGUCGUGCCUGUGUAAUGAAGCACAUGCGCACUGAAUUAAUCAGCCAUUUUUUGCAGGAAACUAAUUAGCAGAAUAAAGAUCCAAAGACUUUUUUUCUUGGCGACCAUCAGAUGUGAGUGCGGGCUCCUGGUGUCCGGAGCUUCUCCCCCGCUCCACAUGUGCCCGGGCUGCCCUGCGGAGCCCGCCGCUUCCCCUGCACCGCUUCGGGGCUGAGCCUGAGUGGCUUCAUGGGACCCCGAGCCGAGCCGGAGCGGACUAAACCGAGCCGAGCCGAACCGCGCCGAGCCGGAGCUCGCCCAGGACCCAGCGCCCGAAAACCGUCAGCCCGAGUCCGAGCUGUAUUGGGUGCAAUGACCUCUCUAUACAGACCUCGCCAUGGAAGGCUGUGACACUCCUGUCAUCCCUGGGAAGGACAAUGGGUGCAGCGUUCCACCAAACAAACAAUGGACUGAUCUCAACAGCACUCUCCACCUUGACGAAUCUGGCAGCAUGGAGCAGUCCAACAUUGAAAGCCAUGGGUCUCUGCAAGGUCUGAGUGGUUCAUUUAAUGAGUGCAUCUCUGAAAACUCUAAUCCAUCCGGUGCCAUCUCUGAUCCUCCUGGCAGAGCAGUAGGUUGCAACGAAUGUUCGUCCUCCUUUGCUAGUUUACAGAACUACAUGGAGCAUCAUUGCCCUGGUACGCGGCCGUCUCUUGCACUGAAGGAGGAGAGCGAAAGUGAUGUAAGUGAGGAAGGGGAGGAGGAAAGCGACGUGGAGAAUCUGACUGGAGAAAUUGUCUACCAGCCCGAUGGCUCUGCCUACAUAGUGGAAAGUGUCAGUCAGCUGAUCCAGAGCGGUGAAGCUUGCGACAGCAGCCCUGGUGAGGCCCUUCUUAACCUGUAUGCGAACUCCUUGCCCAAUUCAACAGGAAAAUCAGAGGAAUCUUCCUCUGUAGGCCCUGCUUACCCACAAAUUAUCAACACUUUCCAUAUAGCCUCGUCUUUCAGGAAGUGGUUUGAGAGUUCAGACAAGUCUUUCCUGAAUACCUCAACCGCAGCAGGCGUAAGCCCGGUACUGCAUAGCUUCCGGGUUUUUGAUGUGCGACACAAAAGCAACAAAGAUUACUUAAAAAGUGACGGUUCUGCCAAAAGCUCGUGUGUAUCCAAAGAUGUCCCCAACAAUGUAGACCUGUCCAAAUAUGAUGGCUUUGUGCUGUACGGUAAAAGGAAACCAAUUCUAAUGUGUUUUUUGUGCAAACUCUCCUUUGGCUAUGUUCGGUCAUUUGUGACCCAUGCUGUGCAUGAUCAUCGAAUGACUCUCAGUGAGGAUGAGCGGAAAAUUCUUAGCAACAAGAACAUUUCUGCCAUCAUUCAAGGAAUUGGUAAAGAUAAGGAACCCCUUGUUAGUUUUCUGGAACCAAAAAACAAAACUUUUCAGCACCCUUUAGUUCCUUCAGCAAACACUACCAGUCCCGGGAGUGGUUUUUAUGGGAAAUUUAGCGGCAUUCGAGUGGAGGGAGAUGAGUCCCUGCAAGCUAGCCUAGCACUUCUAAAAGAUAAUGACACUACAAACAUUGGGGUAGAACAGACACAACCCAAUAUUUUGACACCAAAUUCCCUCCUCAGUCUUGGCGGUUUGGCAAAUUCCCCCCUUAACAUGUCUAGUAGCUCAAUUCCUUUUAAUUCCUCAGACACUGGCACUACCAAAGCUUCCUGCAGCAAGGAAUCCGAUAUGGUAGACCUGGGUAAGCAUCAUUUGGGAGACCAGGAGAGUGUACCUAAAAGGCUAAAGGCAGAGGAGCGAGACGAGGUGGAGGAAGAAGAGAUGGAUGAGGAGGAAGAUGACAUAGAGGAGGAUGAAGAGGAUUGCAAAGCAAUGUUUCCAAGCGGGCUUGACGAAGAUUUUUUGGGUAGGGCUCAAGAUCGGUCUGGGGUGUUUGCCGGGAGCAGCGGCAAAAAGGACCUAGCUCUCACAAACCAAAGUAAAUUGAACUCUAAUUUAAUGCCUAACAUGCCCCAGCCUGUGAGGGGCACAUCUACUUGUUCUUCUUCAUUUGUUGUCUUUGGUGCAAACAGGAGGAACCAUUUAAGCUUUAACACUGAUGGCGUUGGUGCCAGCUUGGCGGAGGGUGGGCCGAAAUUGGACUUUAUGGACGAAAGUGCCAAUAGGGACAAUGUCACAGCACCUGAACCAAAUGAAAGUGCAGAGGGAGAGGAAGGAGGCUUUUCCACCCACCACCAGCAUGCCGAUAACCCAUGUGAUCUGGGAGCAGGUGAUUGCCUUCCAGGGAGCGGGGUGGAGUGUCCAAAGUGUGACACUGUGUUGGGCUCUUCACGCUCACUUGGUGGACACAUGACAAUGAUGCACUCUCGGAACUCUUGUAAGACUCUUAAGUGUCCAAAGUGUAACUGGCAUUAUAAGUAUCAGCAGACGUUGGAAGCACACAUGAAGGAGAAACACCCAGAGCCGGGUGGCUCCUGUGUCUACUGCAAAUCUGGGCAGCCUCAUCCACGGCUUGCCCGGGGAGAAAGCUACACUUGUGGUUACAAGCCUUUCCGCUGUGAGGUCUGUAACUACUCCACCACUACCAAAGGCAACCUCAGUAUUCAUAUGCAGUCAGACAAACAUCUCAACAACAUGCAGAACCUGCAGAAUGGGGGGACCGACCAAUGUUUCAGCCACACUGCCGGAGUUGCUGUUGCUGCUGCCACUGCAGCUGCUGCCUCCAACAUUAGUAAUUCUUGUGGGGCCCCUUCUCCAACCAAACCAAAAACGAAACCCACCUGGCGCUGUGAGGUGUGCGAUUAUGAGACCAACGUCGCCAGGAACCUGCGUAUUCACAUGACCAGUGAGAAGCACAUGCACAACAUGAUGCUGCUUCAACAGAAUAUGACUCAAAUCCAACAUAACAGGCACUUGGGGCUCAGCAGCCUGCCCUCCUCUGCUGAAGCUGAACUGUAUCAAUUCUACCUGGCGCAAAACAUGAACUUGAAGAUGGACAACGCAGCAUCGGAGUCCCAGUACAUCAUGGGCGGCUUCCAGCUUGAUCCAUCAAGUCCCAUGGCAGGGAUGGCCCCAACUCUAGUGGGUGGUGACAUCCCUUUGGACAUGCGACUAGGGGGUGGACAGCUGGUGUCUGAGGAGCUCAUGAACCUUGGUGAAAGUUUCACACAGACAAAUGACCCUUCGUUGAAACUCUUCCAGUGCGCUGUGUGCAACCGCUUCACCACCGAUAACCUGGAUAUGCUAGGCCUGCACAUGGGGAUGGAACGCAGCCUGCCGGAGGAGGAGUGGAAGGCGGUGGUGGGAGAUUCUUACCAGUGUAAUCUCUGUCGCUACAACACCCAGCUGAAGGCCAACUUCCAACUGCAUUGUAAGACUGACAAACACAUUCAGAAGUACCAGCUUGUGGCUCACAUCAAAGAGGGUGGGAAAGCCAAUGAGUGGAGACUGAAAUGCGUGGCCAUCGGAAACCCCGUGCAUUUAAAGUGCAACGCCUGUGACUAUUACACCAACAGCCUGGAAAAGCUGCGUCUGCACACUGUGAACUCCAGACACGAGGCCAGCCUAAAGUUGUACAAGCACUUACAGCAGCAUGAAAGUGGAGUGGAAGGAGAUUCCUGGUACUAUCAUUGUGUUCUGUGCUCCUACUCCACCAAGGCCAAGCUCAAUCUCAUCCAGCACGUGCGGUCCAUGAAACACCAGCGCAGCGAGAGCCUGCGCAAACUUCAGCGACUACAGAAAGGACUCCCGGAGGAGGACGAGGAUCUGGGCCAGAUUUUCACGAUCAGGACAUCUUCAUCUCCCACAGAGACCGAAGAUCCAGCAGAGGAUGCAGAAGGUCCCUGUGAAACUGUCACUGAUCCUGAAGAAGUUCCAAAAGAUCAAGUACCAGAUGGGGCAAAAGACUCCACCAGGAGCACAGCUCCUUCUAACCCAUGUGAGAAGGACCCUCCUGAUACUACACUCCCCAAACUUUCAUCUACCACCAGCGCAGAGCUGCCUUCCUCCGUGAAGUCAAAACCAGCGGAAGAGAAGAAGCCCGAGCAGAUGUUCCAGUGCCCGUACUGUAAAUACUGUAAUGCGGAUGUGAACCGCCUGCGCGUUCACGCCAUGACGCAGCACUCUGUGCAGCCCAUGCUGCGCUGCCCGCUCUGCCAGGACAUGCUAAACAACAAGGUCCACCUGCAGCUGCACCUCACCCACCUGCACAGCGUGGCACCGGACUGCGUGGAAAAACUCAUCUUAACGGUAACCUCGCCAGAAAUGUUAAUGCCAAGCAGUAUGUUCCUCCCUGUGAGUUCUCCAGACCAGGAGAAGACGGCCUCGACCUCCAGUGCAGAGAACACAGAGAAGCUUUCUGAACAUUUGGAAGAACUUCCUAAGGGCACAGGAGCUUCCGAAGCAUCUGAGUUUGGAGCAGAGCAGCAAGCUCCUCCAGGUGACCAAACGUCCGCAAGAGAGGAUUCGGGAUUCCUGUGCUGGAAGAAAGGAUGUAACCAAGUCUUUAAAUCCUCUGCUGCCCUGCAAACACAUUUCAAUGAAGUCCAUAACAAGCGCCCUCAACUGCCAGUUUCUGAUCGACACGUUUACAAAUAUCGCUGCAACCAGUGCAGUUUAGCAUUCAAAACUGUUGAAAAACUUCAGUUACAUUCACAGUAUCAUGUUAUCCGUGCUGCUACCAUGUGCUGCCUUUGCCAGAGGAGCUUUCGAACAUUUCAGGCUCUUAAGAAGCAUCUGGAGACCAGUCACCUGGAGCUGAGCGAGUCUGACAUCCAGCAGCUAUACAGUGGUCUACUGGUGAACGGGGACAUCACGGCCAUGGGAGAUGCGUCCCUGGCCGAAGACCAGAGUAUGUUGGUAGAUGAAGAUAAGGAGGAUGAGAGUGACCUUGAGGAUAAACAAAGCCCAGCAGGUAGUGAUUCUGGUUCUGUGCAAGAAGAUUCUGGUUCUGAGCCCAAAAGAGCUCUCCCUUUUCGAAAGGGUCCAAACUUUACAAUGGAAAAGUUUCUGGAUCCUUCUCGACCCUACAAGUGCACGGUGUGCAAGGAGUCCUUCACACAGAAGAACAUUCUGCUGGUUCAUUACAAUUCCGUGUCCCACUUACACAAGCUAAAGAGAGCCUUGCAGGAAUCGACGACCGGGCAGCCUGAGCCCACCAGCAGUCCUGAUAACAAACCUUUUAAGUGCAACACCUGUAAUGUCGCAUACAGCCAGAGCUCCACAUUAGAGAUCCACAUGAGGUCCGUGUUACACCAGACCAAGGCCCGUGCAGCAAAAUUGGAAGCUGCUGGCAGCAAUACAAAUGGGGCUGGUUCCAACAGCACCUGCACAACAGCAACUGCCACAACUGCACAAAACCCAGCCAGUAACAGUAUUGCCAGCACCUCAAGUUGCCCAACUCCGGUUACAGCUGCUACAAGUUCCAGUUUCAUGAGCCAAUCACCCAUGGAGAGUUCUGCAAAUGCCACUGCAAGUAAUCUGAUUUCUCCUGGCGUCGCCUGCCCUCCCGAACACAAGGACAUAAAUCGAAGAAAAUUAGCAGACAUGAUAGCUUCACGGCAACAUCAGCAGCAACAGCAGCAAGCGCAGUUGGCUCAGGCACAAGCACAGGUGCAAGCCCACCUGCAGCAAGAGCUUCAGCAGCAAGCUGCAAUUCUGCAGUCUCAGCUAUUAAACCCUACCCUGCUCCCUCACUUUCCUAUGACAACAGAGACCUUGCUCCAGCUUCAACAGCAGCAACAUCUGCUCUUUCCAUUUUACAUCCCUAGCACAGAUUUCCAGUUUAAUCCAGAGGCUAGUUUGUCGCUCACUAGUGGGACGUUGACCUUAACUGGGAGUAAUCCACUGGAAGACCUAAAGACUCCAAUGCAGCUCCAACAGCAAGCUCACAUUCAUCACCAGCACAUAGUUCAGUCGCAAGGACAGAUAUGCAUGCCGGAGGCGCACCCUGCGCAGCUGCAGCCACCAGAACAAAAACUCAAACCCGUGAGAGAAAGCUUUAAAGAACUAAAGAAGGAAAGAGAUUUUUCUGAGAGGCUAGACGAGAGCUGUGCGGUCAGCGAAUCCGUAUCUGAUAGCCAAAAGUGUAAAGAGAAGAAAGAGCAUACGCCAGGGUCCUCGUCCGACCCCUUUUUGCUUCCUCCCCGUAUCUCGUCAGAUGCUCGCGGUAAUGCCACCAAAGCUUUGCUUGAGAACUUUGGUUUUGAGCUUGUUAUUCAGUACAAUGAAAACAAGCAGAAAGCUCAGAAAAAGAACGGUAAGAAUGAGCAAGGAGAUUGUUUGGAUAAGCUGGAAUGCAGCUCUUGUGGAAAACUCUUCUCCAACAUCCUAAUACUGAAGAGUCACCAGGAGCAUGUUCAUCAACGCUAUUUGCCCUUCAAGCAGCUAGAACAGUUUGCCAAGCAUUACAGAGAUCACUAUGACAAACUAUAUCCAUUGAGGCCUCAAACUCCGGAGGCUCCAGCACCACCUCCUCCGCCUCCACCACCACCUCCUCCUCCAGUGACUCCACAACCAGCUAUAACCCCAACAAUUCCCACUUCAGCCCCUUCUCUAACGCCACCCAGUAUUUCACCGGCCCAGACAUCUGUGCCGCUGACUCAGCUCUCAAUGCCAAUGGAGUUGCCACUCUUUUCACCCCUUAUGAUGCAAACCAUGCCUUUACAAUCAAUGCCAGCCCAGUUGCAGCCUUCACUAGGGUCUGUGGAUACACUGACUGCUGAUUUGGCCCAGUUAUACCAACAUCAGCUCAACCCCAGUCUAUUACAGCAGCAGAACAAAAGGCCAAGGACAAGAAUUACUGAUGAUCAGCUGAGAGUUUUACGCCAGUAUUUUGAUAUUAACAAUUCCCCAAGUGAGGAGCAGAUCAAAGAAAUGGCUGAUAAGUCUGGGUUGCCUCAAAAGGUAAUAAAGCAUUGGUUCAGAAACACCCUUUUCAAGGAGCGUCAACGUAACAAAGAUUCUCCUUAUAACUUUAAUAACCCUCCCAUCACCAGUUUGGAGGAUCUGAAGAUGGACUCCAAGCCCCCCUCACCAGAGCCACAAAAACAUGAAUACUGGGGAAGCAAAAGAUCAUCCAGAACUCGCUUUACGGACUACCAACUUCGUGUUCUUCAAGAUUUUUUUGAUGCUAAUGCUUAUCCAAAAGAUGAUGAAUUUGAGCAACUCUCAAACUUACUCAACCUACCUACGCGUGUCAUUGUUGUCUGGUUCCAAAAUGCCCGUCAAAAGGCUCGUAAAAACUAUGAAAAUCAGGGUGAUGGGAAGGAAGGGGAGAGGCGUGAGCUAACCAAUGACAGAUACAUACGUACAAGCAACCUAAACUACCAGUGCAAAAAGUGCAGCUUGGUCUUUCAACGAAUAUUUGACCUAAUCAAACACCAGAAAAAGCUUUGUUACAAAGAUGAGGAUGAAGAUAUGCACGAUGACAGCCAAAAUGAAGACUCAAUGGAUGCCACGGAUUUACUUACCCCCUCCAGUUCUUCAUGCAGCACCCCGAUGCCCUUUCCGUCUGUAAGCACAGCAGCCUCCUCUUCAGCCAACGCAACUUGCACCACUGUCAUGCAACAUAUGUUAGAAAUGGAUGACAUUCUUACUUACGGUUCCAAGUCAGAGGCUGCUCACGAUGAUAAACCAAAGCAUUUUGAAUCUUCAAGGGAACAGCAAAACCAAACGCAAGAGCAGCCACUGCAGCCAAAGCAAGAACCCCAACAACCACAGUCAACACAAUCGCAGCCUCCGCAACAGGACCAGUCUGAGCAAAAAGCAAAUGCCGCAACCCAGAAGCUCCUGCCUCUUUCUUCUCCGUCCACUCAACCACAAACCCCCCAGUGUUCUGUUAGUCAGCCAAGUCCUAGUGCAGCCCAGAUGUCUCAUCUUUCCCUCAAACCCCUACACUCCUCAACUCCACAGCAGCUGGCAAAUUUGCACCCUCCGCUUAUCCCUUACCAAUGUGACCAGUGCAAACUGGCGUUCCCUUCAUUUGAACACUGGCAAGAACACCAGCAGCUUCAUUUCCUCAGUGCACAAAGCCAGUUUAUCCAUCCACAGUUCUUAGAUCGGCCCAUGGAUAUACCCUUCAUGCUUUUUGAUCCCAGUAAUCCACUACUCGCCAGUCAGCUUCUUUCUGGAGGUCUCUCUCAAAUCCCAACUAGCUCUGCUACCUCUCCUUCCACACCUUCCUCCACAAUGAACACGCUGAAAAGAAAGCUAGAAGAAAAGGCAAAUGCAAGUCCGGGAGAGAAUGACAGCGGAACAGGGGGCGACGAACCCCAAAGGGACAAACGCCUACGGACAACCAUAACACCAGAGCAGUUGGAGAUUCUAUACCAGAAAUACUUGUUGGACUCUAACCCGACACGCAAAAUGUUGGACCACAUUGCCCAUGAGGUGGGACUGAAAAAGCGUGUGGUUCAAGUAUGGUUUCAGAACACACGGGCAAGAGAAAGGAAAGGGCAGUUCAGAGCGGUUGGUCCUGCGCAAGCCCACAGGCGUUGCCCAUUCUGUAGAGCUCUUUUUAAAGCAAAAACGGCACUGGAAGCUCACAUCCGCUCCCGUCACUGGCAUGAGGCAAAACGUGCUGGGUAUAAUAUGAGCUUAUCUGCAAUGCUUGUUGAUUGCGAUGGAGGGAUCCAACUGAAAGGGGACCUUUUUGACAAUUCUGGCUUCCACAACCAUCCACAGAGUAGCAAUGACGGGCAGUGCAUUUCUCUCUCCCCAGUGAGCAAGUCCAUGGACCUCUCUCCCAGGACAUUGCUUAGUCCGUCGUCUAUUAAAGUAGAAGGAAUGGAAGAUUUUGAAAGCACCUCGAUGUCUGUUAACUUGAGUUACGACCAGGCCAAGCUAGAUAAUGACGAUUGCUCGUCUGUGAAUACCGCUAUAACGGACACCACGACAGGGGAUGAAGGAAAUGCUGAUAAUGACAGUACCACGGGUAUGAUAGCUGAAACCAAAUCUACAUCUGUAACCAACGAUGGCUUGCCAAAGACUGCUACGAUGACCAUGUCUGAAUAUGAGGACCAAAUGUCUUCUGGUCUGGUCAGCCCAGCCCCUAGUUACUACAGUAGAGAGUAUGACAACGAAGGCAUAGUUGAUUACAGUGAAACUUCCAGCCUCGCAGACCCUUGCUCUCCAAGCCCAGGUGCAAGUGGCUCAGCAGGCAAGUCAGGCGACAGUGGGGAACGCCCUGGUCAGAAGAGAUUUCGGACACAGAUGACAAAUCUUCAGCUAAAGGUUCUCAAAUCCUGCUUUAAUGAUUAUAGAACACCCACUAUGCUGGAGUGUGAAGUCCUGGGUAACGAUAUCGGACUGCCAAAGAGAGUCGUCCAGGUCUGGUUUCAGAAUGCCCGGGCUAAGGACAAAAAAUCCAAAUUAAGUAUGGCCAAGCACUUCGGAAUAAACCAAACAAACUAUGAAGGACCCAAAACAGAGUGCACUUUGUGUGGUAUCAAGUACAGUGCGAGAUUGUCGGUGCGGGAUCAUAUCUUUUCCCAACAGCAUAUUUCCAAAGUUAAGGAUGCUAUUGGAAGCCAGUUAGAUAAGGAAAAAGAGUAUUUUGACCCAGCUACAGUUCGGCAGCUGAUGGCCCACCAAGAAUUGGACCGCAUCAAAAAGGCCAACGAGGUUCUAGGUCUGACGUCCCAACAACCGGGUGUAUUUGAUAAUCCUUCCCUGCAAACUCUCAAUCUUCCAACAUCAUAUCCAACUCUCCAAGGUAUCCCUCCUGUCCUGCUGCCAAGCCUCAGUAGCCCAUCCUUGCCAGCCUUCCCUCCAGCUAACACAGCUUUAAGUUCUCCCAAAUCCAAUGUGAUGGGAGGGUCCAGCACAACAAUCCCUUCCCCUGGCCUUCCCACAUCUGGACAACCAAAUAAACAACCCGCUAAACCACAGAGCCCCCCUAUUUCAUCACAGACUCACCAGUUACCCGUAUCCCAGCCUCCAGAAAUGCAGAAAGAAAAAGACAACGAGAAGAUGAAAGAGAAGGGGAAAGGUAAAGGAGAUCCCUCCCCUACACCCAAAAAAGAGAAGGGGGAAACUCUAGCAUCAACCUCCACUUCAAUGGCUGGCAUGGAGUAUGUGGUGGAUUCCUCCCAACUCCAAGCUUUACAAGCUGCUUUGACGUCAGAUCCCACCGCGUUGCUCACCAGUCAGUUCCUUCCUUACUUUGUUCCUGGCUUCUCUCCCUACUAUGGCGCCCAGAUACCUGGGACCUUGCCCGGUGGUUAUCUACAACCAAUGUAUGGAAUGGAAAGCCUGUUUCCGUACAACCCUGCACUCUCGCAAGCCUUGAUGGGUCUGUCUCCAAGCUCUUUGUUGCAGCAGUAUCAACAGUACCAGCAAAGCUUGCAAGAAGCUCUACAGCAACAGCGGCAAAUGCAGCAGCAGCAGCAGAAGCAGCAACACCACCACCAUCAUCAAAGACUGCAGCAGCAACAACCCAAAGCAAGCCAAGCCCCAGCAGUUCCUCCUCCCUCCGACAAAGACCCUGCCAAAGACUCCCACAAGCUGGAAGAACAGAAUCCUGUGGCCCAUGAGGUAUCUCUUUCCAACAAGCCCCCAGAACAGCAUGAAGUAGAAAGCCAAGGUGCAGACUGUCUCUUGGACCCACUCAUAGUCCCAAAGGUGCAGUACAAGUUGCUCUGCCGGAAGUGUGAGCUGAGCUUCAGCAGUGAAGAGGCGGCUCUCAGCCACCUGAAGUCCCUCUGCUUUUUUGGCCAAUCUGUGGUGAACCUGCAAGAACUGGUGACUUGCGUCCCCACUGGUGACAGCAGUGGUUCUUACCGCUGCUUGGGCUGUGAGGCCACUAUCUGUGGGGGCGAUGCUCUUCGUCAACAUCUGGAGUCGCCCUUGCACAAACACAGAACAAUCAAAAGAACAGCAAGAAACGCCAAAGAGCACCCUAGUUUAUUACCUCACUCUGCCUGCUUCCCCAACCCUGACACCGCAUCUACCUCUCAGUCUGCUGCUGACUCCAAAGCCAGCCUUUCACCCCCUUCCCCAUCUGCUUCUCCCCACCAUAUCUCCACAAAGUCUUGGUCUCAUAGUGCUCCUAAAAAAACUCCUCCUUUCCCCACGAUUUCCUCAUCUUCAACAGUUACCUCAAGUCCGUGCAGCACCUUAGGGGCUGCAACCUCUUUUCCAACAGAUGGCUUCUCUGAGGAGUCUGACUCGGACCUCAGCCAAAAGUCUGACAGGGCGAGAAGUCCCCUGAGCGCUCCAGAGAACCCAGGCUGUCACGAGGACAGCUCUCGAACUGCUGUGGGAGUGGGUUCUUUACGACUGUAGACUUCGAUGGUGGACGAUGAUAAAUAAUAAUAAAAAAAAUAUGAAUUUUAAAUAAUAAGAUAACCAAUUUCACAAACGAAAAUACUGCAAAUUCCAAAGCUUCUAACCAAAAAAAAAAAAGAGGACCCCCUCCCUUCCCAAUAUGAAUCUCUUCAUUCCUGCACCUGCCCCAACAACCUGUUCUCCCCUCAACCUACUGUCACAUUGGGCUCCCUAAACAGGGAACUGGGUCUGACUUCUUUGUCUCCCUUUACCUGGAGUUUGGUGACGACUUUUUUUCUGCUCUCAUAGCGACCGCUUUGCUAAGAAGAAACCAAUGGAAAUAUUGUGUUAUUCUCAGGUCAAAUGCUCACACCGUGUUCUGACUCUGGUCUUGGAGUUUUAUAUAUACAUAUAUAUAUAGAUAGGGAUAUAUGUGUGUAUAUAUGUAUUUAUUUUCUUGUUUUGUUCAUCCACUGAUUUAUUAUUAUUAUUAUGUUUUUCCAUUUCUAAAUUUGUUCUGUUUUAGUUAUUGCGAACGGGCAGACAAGAUUCAGGACUGGGGUGAAACAAUGCCUCCCAGGGACAAAAUGUUGGGUGGUGUUCAUUCUUUAUGAUUUCCACAUCCAAGAACCACAGCUCAAAAAUAUAUAUACUUUUAAAGAAAAAUGAACAGACUUUCUGUAUUUCUUGUACUCGAGGCCAAUGAUUCAGGACAGUUUUCAGAAGUGGAGUAGAUUUUUGUGUACACUGUUCGUGUCCCUAUGAUGUUUCUCAUUUGACGGUGAUUUUCCAACAACAGACCCCGUGGUCCUCCAAUAUUAUACCCUGAAAGACCUCUAAGCUUCAGCUCCUCAACCAAAAGAAAAUCUUUUGAAACCCACACUUUUUUUAAACAGCUCUUACUAGCAGGACACGUGUAUCUGCUAAUUUUUAAUUUGCAUUUUAGCCCAAAGGGACUCAGCUCUUCACAUUUUUAAUCUAGAGUGUGGUACAAAGUGCCGCAAUAAAGUUUAACGGGCACCGUCCGUGCCAAGAUGAGCUUACACUCAAUAAAACCUGACUAUUGGAUUUGGGAAAGAUGGUUUACUGUUUUAAAAAAAAAAAAAAAAAUGUAAUAUUCCCUGUUGUUUGGUGUUUGUAUUUUAACACUCCCCACCCCCAGUGUUACCUGUUGCUCUGUUUCAUAUUAGUAGACAGAGGUCUGUUUUGUUUUUGUUUUUUUUUUUUCAGUUUUUUUUAUUUUAUUUUCUUUUUUUUUAAGAAAAAGGAAAAAGUGAAAUGAAAAAUGAACCAUUUGUACAUCUGUGUAUAUGCGUGUGUGUAUAUGUGUAUGCAUAUAUGCAUUAUCAUACACAGACAUAUGCACACAUAUAUUUAAAUUUCUUUUUGAAUGAAAUCUGAUGCUUUAAAUAAAAUCCAAAGAGUA